CACUCACUGAGCCUAGGCCCGUGGUAAUGCUUUUCCGAAAGUUGAGCAACAAGAAGCAAGAAGCAUGUCGUGCUGGCAGCAGGGCUGCAACCAGCUGCAAACUUCAAUAACCAAGGUCUUCAGGUCGAGAGCACUCCCCCUCGUUCACCAUCAGCAUCAAGGGACAGUGUAGCUAAUUUUGACAGCAACUCAUGUUCUGUGCUCGGGUGAAACGAAAGCAUGUCACGGGUGGUUGGCAUAUAGAGCUUGUCAGGAUGGCAGAAGGCAAUCUAGCAAGAACGCCAUCGCUACCAAGUCAGGCCCUGUCGCCGCUUGGUGCAGCUACUGAAUGCUGCUUGUAUGGCUGCCAUCUGUUCAACUUUACGUUUCUUGAAGGUUCCAGUGUUGAGUCAGCAUUCAGGCUUGCUUCCACUCUGGAAAGUUCCAGGAUGAGUCAGCCCUCAGAUUUUUUGGGACAGGUGGCACUUUUGGUGGCAUAGGUUGGCAAGCGCGGCAUGGCGUGGCAGCUGUUUUUUGCUGCCUGCAUAGUUCUAAUGGGUCCCCUCUGCUGGUUCUGGAUCAUUCAAAGAACCCUUCUCUUCAGAGAGCCUUGGCAAAGGACCAGAAGUGGCUGUCGGAAAGCAGACGACCCCGGCAGACCAGAAAGGCGCACGGCACAUGCCAAGAUUGAUUUUAAAUCAACUGCAUACCUUGCGUGGGAAACAGUCUGUUACGGCAGGCUGGUGAUCAUCUGGCUCGGCUUCAUUGCCCCUGGGAAGGGACUCCAAGAAGGGGGGCAGGCUGGGGCAAGGAGAAGAGGCCAUGGCUGUGGAGCCCAAUGAAAUCGCCUGUGAUGCUGAAAUUCGCAGCUGCCAGCACACACACGUACUCAACCAGGUA